GGACGCUCCUGUUUCAAAAAUUGGAUGACUCGGAUAAGACCCUUGCAGAGAACCAAGUCCACCCGCGCUCGCAAACUCAGAUUUACUGGGAUUUCGAUUGCUAGGGCUUCAACUUCCGUAGCUGUAAAGGAGUUGGGUUCUUUCGCGGUGGAAGGAUGGAAACUGAGGAUGGAACAAGCAACGGGGACAACACAGAAUGUUCUGAAGCAGUUCAGUGCCUGAAGAGUGAAGCUGUAAAUAAUGGGGUUGCAGAUAGCAAUGAUGUUAAGAAAGGGAUUCAGCGCUUUAAUUGUGAAGCUGUGAAUAAUGGGGUGGUUAUUGCAGACAGGAAUGGUGCUGCUCAAGGGGACUGUGGCGUAGUUGAAAGCUUUCGAACUUACAAGAGACGUAAGCAUGUAAAGUUGAAUUCAGAAAGGAAAGCUCAAGAAGUUUGCAGAACAUACUCAGAAGCUGCAAGUCACAUAGCUGGCCAGGCUGUAAAGAAACCAUGUAAUGUAGCCAUAGGAAAUACUUCGGAUAAGCAUUCACAUGCACAUUGGGGAAAUGUUGUACUAAUGCAGUUGUAUCAGUCAUUAGGCAAUGAUAAAGGUGGCAUAGAAGAGUGCAUGAGGGAAGCUCUCAUGCGCUAUGCUAAAAUUAGUUGUGCCACUACUUUAAAGGAAACUUGUAGAAUUGACAAAGUUGGACAAGAUUACUCUCCACACUUAGAACUGACGUCUCAUAGAUUACGGAAGAAUCUUAAUGGGCAUGCAAAUGUCUUUCGCAAUGGAUCUUGUAACGAGUCGGAUGCUCCUGAUGCAAAUGAGAUGUGCCAGCGUGUACUAUGUAAUGUCUUAGUCUCUGAGAAAUUCAGUUCGUUAUGUAAGGUGCUACUAGAAAAUUUCAAAGGAAUGAAGCCUGAAACUGUAUUUGACUUCAGUGUCAUAAACUCAAGGUUGAAAGAGCAAGCUUAUGAACAGUCGCCCACACUUUUUUCGUCAGAUAUUCAACAGGUUUGGCGAAAACUUCAAGACGCCGGUAAUGAGAUUGUUUCUCUUGCCAAGGGCCUUUCAAACAUUUCGAGAACUUAUUGUGAGCAGGCUGGAGUUUCCGUGCAUGGCGCAUUCAAAGAUGGAAAACUGGAGUUCUGUAACCAGGAAUCUGAUUCUCACAUGAAACCGGAGCAGACAGAAGACUGUGGCGUGUAUAAGAUGUGCACUUGCAGGCAUUGUGGAAACAGAGCAGAUGGGAAAGACUGUUUGGUUUGUGAUUCAUGCGAGGAGAUGUUCCAUAUCUCCUGCAUUGAACCUCCUGUCAAAGAGAUACCCCACAAGAGCUGGUACUGUGUCAAAUGCACUGCCAUUGGAAUUGGAUCUCCACAUGAAAACUGUGUAGUAUGUGAAAGGUUGAAUGACUCCAAGACCCUGAACUUUGAUGAAAACUCCCCUGUAAAUGAUGAAACAAUUAAUGAAUUGGAAGAGAAUUCAAAUUGCACCUAUGAUGGGGCUCAAGCAUCUAGAAGGGGGAAAAUCGACAUGAUCUGCAAAGUUUGUAAAAAUGAGGUGGAUGGUGAAAGAAUUAAAAUCUGUGGUCACUCUGCCUGCGAUGGUAAGUACUACCAUGUAAGAUGUUUGACAAGUAAACAGUUGACAUCAUAUGGUCCCUGUUGGUACUGCCCUUCUUGCUUAUGCCAAGUUUGUCUCACUGAUAAAGAUGAUAAUAAGAUUGUUAUCUGUGAUGGAUGUGAUGAUGCAUACCACAUAUAUUGCAUGAAACCUCCCCGAGCUGCUAUUCCCAAAGGAAAAUGGUUCUGCAUAAAAUGUCAUACAGGGUUACGAGCAAUACACCGGGCAAAAAAGGUAUAUGAGAGUAAAAAGCAGAGAAAGGCAAGUGAAGAUGGUUCAAAACCAGUGGACAGAUUUGAAAAAAAUUGGAAUGGUAAACACGGAAGAGAUUUGGAUAAAGGUGGAGGAAUGGACAUGCUUUUAACUGCAGCCAAUACUUUGAAUUUGGAAGAGGACUUGGCUGCAUUUGGGAUGUAGAGGAAGUUGUGUGCUUCCUAGUUAUUUUAGUAAUUGCUUUAAUUUCUUUCAGGUUCGCGCUAGUAAAGUAAUAUCCAAUUAUUUCACACUGCAUUGUUUGGAUGACUGAUAUUUUGGUAGGCUGUAUAACUGUUGUAGAUUUUGCUGACUUCAAUGUACAUGACAU